AGAAUAAUAAUUUAUGAUGAAAGACCGCAAGAAGCAAAAAAACUCUCAACUAAACUAACCUUAGGAAAAAAAGAAAGAUUAAUUCGUAUUGGUUGUUUCUAUAAUAAACUCCCCGAAUUAGAUAUUUCGGGCUGUCCUAAAUUAACUCUUUUAUACUGUGAAAAUAAUGAAUUGACUUCUUUGGAUGUUUCUCAUAAUCCAUAUUUGAAAACAUUUCACUGCCUCGAUAAUUCUUUGACCCAUCUUGAUGUCUCUAAUAAUCCCAAAUUAGUCGAAUUAUAUAUUGACUACAAAUUAUUAGACAACAUAACCGGUUUAGAAAAAACUUCAAUUGUCCGGUUAGAUUGCCGGGGGGGAGCAUUCCCCGAAAUGAAAUUAAUUAAUGUGGAUGAUUUGACAGAAUGGGCUGGGCAAGUAAAUGAAGAGACGGUGAAAGAUGAAAAGUUUUUGGCAAAGGUUUGUCCUACCCGUUGUCUCAUUAUAAUAAAUCGUCUUUAUACUAAAGCCAAAGAUGAAGAAUACGAACAACAUUUGGAAAACUUAGCCAAACAGAGUUUAAAAUGUAUGUCAAUGAACCCCAAAUAUCCCCAGGCCUCCUUAUACGAAAGCCGGGCUAAAUUAGUCCAACAGGCUCUUACUCCCGAUUAUGAAUUAUUAGAAGAUGAUAUGGAAAGAGAAAAUAAUUGUGGUCGUUUAGCGAAUGGAG